AAUAGAUUUACUCGGAACUUGUCAUGAAACAGGACUUCCUACUAGAUAUCAAACUCUAGCCGGAUAUUUCUUUAAAAUGCAGUACAAUUCAAUAAUAACUAUUGUUUUCACGUUAUCUAGAUGAAAGACAAUUUUUUGAAGUUGACAGAUCAACAUGGCAUUUUUAGAGACAGUUCGUUGUUGGAACGAAGGCGUUGUUGCUUUCCAAGAGGACCGAUGCAAGGACUCCCUACUUAGUUUUAACAGCAUACUUGAACCCAGUGCUCGUAUCCAGUUCAAUAUCGCCUGUGUAUUGAAAAGUCUUAGCAGAGAGAAUGAUUGUAUUGUGCACCUCGGAGAAGCAAUCAAAAAGGAUCCUCAUUUAGCUGUGGCUUUUUAUCAUAGAGCAGUGCAGUAUCUUAAAUUAAAAAAAUACAAUGAGGCACUUGAUGAUUUAGAUAGAGCAGAACAAAGUUUACGAGGAUCUUCUUUUAUAAAGUAUAGUCAGCUUGGAUUGAAUUUCACUUUAUAUAAGUUUGAGAUACAGUUUAAUAGAGCAGUAUGCUUUGCCAGGCAAGGAGAUAUAAGAACAGCCGUACAUAUGUUAAUAGAUGCUGGCAAAAUAGCUGAAGAAGAAGUCCAUAGUAGAAUCAGUGUGAAAACUAUACAGGACUUGACACUUGUUAAGCAGGAAGGUUAUAAGGGAAAUCUUCCGAGUUCAUUUAACGAAUUUGAAGUACCAGGUGAAUGUUUAUUUCAACCACCAAAAGAUAUGGUAGCAAAUUUAGGGAGGAAGGAAUAUGUAGCCAAAUCAAAGGUUAUUGCUAGGUAUGGUGAUGGUAAAAUUCCUGAGGAAACCAAUGAAAAGGUCAUUAAAGGAUCAGUAAGAGGACAGUCUAAGUCCACUUCUAAUACUGAAACUGGAGAAAAACCAAAUUAUCGUUCACUAGCACCAAGAACACCACCUCUGCCACGACGGCCGCUGCCACCACAACCUUCAGAAUUGCGGACAUCAAGAUCAAUGGGAAGCAUAGUUGAAGAAUUAAAGAAAGAGGAAGCAUCAAGUCAGAGUUGGCAAUUUUCCAAAAACAAUGAACUCACAAAUGCACUUAAUGCUCAGUUUAAAAACAAGAACAUGCCUUCAAAACCUCCUUCUAAGCCCCCUCAUACACCCACAAGACCCCCAAGAAGACCUCCUCCUCCUGGUUCAACAUCUUGUCCCCGUAAUAUAAGUCCAUCAACAAAUUCAAACUUUGAUUCACCUCCAUUACCAGUAAAAGCUACAACCAAAACACUACCAUCACAAAAUCUGUCCUCACCCCCUGCCAGAUCUGGUUCCAAUGGUACAACUCGAAACAUUCCUCCCCCUCCUUCCUAUAAACCUCCUCCUCCACCACCCUCUUUUAGAGCCCCACCCCCUCCAUUGAAACAAAACAAUUUGCCUCCUUUACCCCCCAAAAAGAGAACUUAGGUAAUUAUUAUUUGAAAAAUGUUGGUAAUAUUUGUUAGGAUCUUCAAUAUUUUAUGCCAAAAGAAAAAAAAUGAAUCAUUUGUCUUCAAAAGGAAGAUGUACAGAUCAGUUCAAGACUCCACAAAUAAGGAUAUUUUUACAUUUGUUUUAAAAACUGAAGAAAAUUCAUAAUGAUUUCAUUUUGACUAAUCCAGACAAUAAAAAAAUUCCAAAAGGUCACAAGAAAUUUAAUUGAUCUAUGUUGAUUAAGUUAAUAAGAAUAGCAUUUAGUAAAUUUUAAUUAGUUUUAUUCAUUUAUAGUUUAAGUAUAACACCACUUUUUGUGUAAUACUUGACAUUUUUCUAUGUUGAUUAAUGUACAUGUAUUUCAAAGUUGAUCUCAGUUUUGAUAUUUUGACAAAUUUGAUAUCAGCACUAGUACUCUUAACUGCCACAUUUUGUGCCUUUGACAAUGCUGACUUUUAUUACAUCACAAUCUUUAUGAUUAUUAUACGAAUUUUAUUUUAAUAUUUCAUUAUCAGUCCCCUACUUGCAAAGCUGAAUGGGACUUUAGUUUUGCUCUCAGUCCGUCAGUCUGGACAACACUUUUUUCUCCAUGCUUGAUGAUAUUGAUUUGAUAAUUGGUAUAUUGUUUUAUCAUGUUUGUAGAUAUUAAUUUGAUAUUUAUUGUAAAGUUUACCUUUGACAAGGUAUAGAUCAAGUUUAUUUUACAUGCUGUGAUUCAAUAUUUAUGUAAUAAGACUUUGUUUAAUUUUGCCAGUAUAUUUAUAUUAAACAGGGCUAUACUAAUGAAAGGUCACACAGGGUCAUACUACUUAGAGGUUACAAAGGUUCAUACUAAUAAAAUAUUAAACUGUACAUGUGGUACUAACAAAUUGUGCAAGAUAUGUAAUAUAGUACUGUAAAGUCAGCAAUUUUUGCAUGCACAUGUUAUUGCAAUGAUUUAAAAGAAACAAAUAUUAGAGAUUAAUUAUAACAAUUAUUAGGAAUACUACACAUACAUAAUUCUUUCAAAAGUUUAGAUGUAAGUUUUAAUUUUUGCAUAUCAACAUAUUCUGUCACAAUUUAAAUUUUAAAAAAAUUCUUCAUUUACUGUAGUUUUAUUAUAUAGUUCAACAGAUACUUUUUUGUGUAACACAGUAUAGUUCCUUCAGAGUUUGUUAAUUUUAGCUUGCCAUAUUAAAAAACCAAAACCCACAUUUAACCCAACUAAUAAUUUUGUCUAGAAAAAAAAUGUUUUAGAAUGAUCAUAUCAAUAUUUAUAAUAAUAAUCAGGUUCUUUGUAGAAUUCAUCUAGUCUUCAUCAUUAUAUAUUUUUAUUGUAUAUUUUUAAAAGGUUUAAUGGUAAAUGAAGAUUACUGUUGCCUUUGUUUAUUACACUUUAUAGUUUUCAUUCAUGUUUUUUUUAUAGUUUAAAAUAUUUUUGUAGGGCAUUGAAAAUUAAAAAAAUAUGACCUUUUAUUUGAAAAUACUGUAUUGUGAAAUUAUAAUAUUUUAAUAUGUUCGUGCUUUAUAUAAUAGUGGAUUGAAAAAAAAGAUUGUAUACUUUGUUGAUUAAUUUUGUGAUUCUUAUAUAUAACAAUCAAGUCUAUAGACAAUUUGCAUUUGAUUGAACAAUUUGACUUUGUUGUUCAUCUAUAGUAUACCCAUACAAUUAGCAUCCUACGAAUAGUUUUAAAUCCAUGGAACUCUUUAUAUGUU